UUGGGAGUAUCGGAUUCCUCAGGUGCAGACAUCGAGGAAUUAGUAUCCUUGUGGUAUAACCGAUCAUCAGUUGUGGAUGCUGUGCGAAGGUCAUGUACCAAGGAGGAUGCGUUGAAACUUCUUGUCGGAGCAAAUUCAGAGGACAGCCAGCAUGCUAUAAUCAACCAACCGAAAGAUGAUCAAGGGCCAUCAGCCGCUUUAGCUAAUGAAGAUAAAAUGGAUCUGGGAGGAGAACACAAAUAUGAGAGAGACGAAGCCGUGGAAGACGAGCUUGCGAAAGAACUGACCGGUGAUCCAUUGGCAGACUACGACGCGGAAGUAAUGAAAGAAGGAGAGGCCAAAGCAAAGUAUUUGGCCCUUCUGGAUUCAAAAGCCAAUGCAACAUAGGAAAUAAGAUACACAGGUUCUUCCAGAAUCCAGUAAAUAAGUAAGAUUGUGUAGUUUCAUUUUUUAUC